GUGAUCAGUCUAACUUUUCCUUUCAUUUUCAAAUCAAGUCUAGAGGAAAUUAUUUCUUACUAUGUUCACGAGCAUAUUUCUAAUCCUAACAGUCAGCAGUUUACAUUGUUGCCUAGCCGGAGCGAUUAAUAGGGUCAAAGAAAUUCGUUGCGAUUGUGGCAUUCGGAACGAAGGUAAAAGACAUUUGGGAAUUGGGGACAAUGUGAAAACUGAAUUCGCUGGGAAUCACGCCUGGCCUUGGAUGACUUCCAUUGUUAAUGUUUCCCUGCCGCAUGACCCCGUCGCGUAUUGUGGUGCCACACUUAUCAACAAUCAAUAUAUUCUAACUGCCGGUCACUGUAUCCCAGACAUGCAAACCUCUGGUUUAGGAAAUUUUAGGGUCUGGAUUGGAACAAAUUUCAUAACAGAUCUCGCCUCCGAUUUUGACGAUUAUCUUGACCUCGAAAUCUCUGAAAUAAAAUCUCAUCCCAAAUUUGAUUUUGAAACUGCCGAAUAUGAUGUAGCUUUGAUAAAAGUGAGUGAACCGAUAAAAUUUUCGAAACGAGUACGCCCCAUCUGCCUCACACAGCCAGAGGAGAACACUCUGGUUGGGAAAAUUGGAGUCAUCACGGGCUGGGGGAGCUUAACUUUGACCACACCCACGGAAGAAGAGCUUAAAGAGUCAGAUGUCGUCAUUGUGACGAAUGAAGAGUGCAAGAAGAAUUAUACGACGGUUGAUAUACCCGUAUUGGAUACGAUGCUUUGUGGAUCAGUUAUGACAUUAGAUGGCCAAGACCCAUGUAAGGGUGACUCUGGGGGCCCGUUGAUGCUCAAAGUCAAAAAUAGAAUUACGCAGAUCGGUAUAAUUAGUCACGGUCAGGGAUGUUCAUCUCCUGCUUUUCCCACGAUAUUUUCUAGAAUGUCUAAAUUUAUUGAGUGGAUUCAACAAAAUACUCAAGAUGCGUUAUAUUGUAGGGGAUCUUUUUAAGAGAUGUAAACAUAUCACAUGCAGUUUUAUUCAAUGUUAUUUAUUUACAACAAAAGUGUAAAAACAAAUGUAAAUAUUUUAAGGAUUAAGUAGUCUGAUGUACGAUGGGAAUUAAUGUUUUAUGUAGUCGUGUUACCACCGACGUUACAAUUUGCUCAAGUCCUUCAUCGGUCUCGCAUUUCACUUCCUGCCGUGAUGAAAAAUACAAGUAUGAAAAUAUGUAAAUACAAUAUUUAUAUAAGAAUUAUCUACUAUGUAAACAUACCAGCUUAUCAAAGUCCAACGUAGCUUUAUGAUUAUUAACAACAAUGUCUACCGUUGUCUGUUGCGUUUUCACUUUGGAGACGCAAUCUCGUCCAAACUGGGGGGAAAUAAUAUCAAUUAAAUCUGUAAUUGUCCAACUAA